CCUUUGUGGCCGAUGCCACUUUGGAUGCCACCCAAUUAGGGGCACGAGCCAUGACGACUCAAAUAGUCGCUCGUCGCACCCUCUGGCUUCGCCACUGGCAAGCUGAUUCAGCGGCUAGAUUGAACCUGUCCAAGGCUCCUUACUCCGGAUCUCUACUCUUCGGUGAGGAAGCUCUAAAGGCAGUUCUGGUUGAUCCAAAAGACGCCCACAAACCGGUUCUAGCCACAAUCAAGAACAUCGACCACAGGCCCCUCAGGCGAUUUCCCUCCUUUCGUUCUAACCAGCCCUUUCGAGGAACGCGACCAGGAGGACGAGGCCGCGAUUUCAGACCCUAUGAUUCCAACGCAUUCAGGGGCUCCUGGAACCGACGCCCCCAGGGCAGAGACCUACGGCUGGCUGGUCAACUUCGACAAAAGCCAUCUCCAACCAACCCAACGCCUACUACAUCUUGGGGCAAUGUUGGACACCCUGCAGGCAAUGGUCUUCCUGUCUCCAGAUCGCAUCACUGCCAUCACAAGCAUCGCAAGGUCCCUGAUGCAACAAACAUCCGCAGACGUCAUGCUUCUCACCAGAGCGCUCGGGAUGUUUAUCUCCACAAUCCACAUUGUACCCUGGGCUCGAGCUCACACUCGGCCCCUUCAGUGGACUCUGUUGCCUUUUCAAAAAGACAUUGCCAGCUCCAACCAUCGCAAAGUUCGUUUGAGCCCCGCUCUGCGCCUCUCCUUCCGCUGGUGGACCAAGGUUCAACACCUCUCCAAGGGCACGUCGUUCAGAGAACCCCGCAGAACCGUCGUGACCACAGACGCCAGCCUCAUAGGUUGGGGAGCCCACUGCAACUCCCAGUAUGUUCAGGGGGUUUGGCCCAACGCAGAGCGAGCUCGAAGCAUCAACUGGCUGGAACUAAAGGCUGUCCACUUGGCUCUAUGUCAUUUUCAGUCUCUGUUCCCUUUGCAUCAUGUGCUCAUUCGAACAGACAACACGUGUGUAAAAUCACAUUUGAACAGACAAGGGGGCACCAGGUCUCGUCCUCUGCAGGACUUAGCCUCCCUCAUCUUUGUCUGGGCAGAACAACAUCUACAAUCCCUGAAAGCAGAGCACCUCAAAGGGAUUUUGAAUGUGACAGCAGACUGCCUCAGCAGACAACAGGUCUUCCCGGGAGAAUGGAAACUUCAUCCAGCUAUUUUCCAUCGUCUCCAGUGUCGGUUCGGCGCCCUCUCAGUCGACCUGUUUGCUUCCAGUCACAAUUGCCAGCUUCCCAGGUACUUUGCCCGAUACCUGGACUCAACAGCAGAAGCAGUGGAUGCUCUGACAACACCAUGGCCAGACGGUCUAUUGUACGCCUUUCCUCCCAUACCAUUGUUAGCCAAAACCUUGAGGAAGGCGCGAACCGAAAGGGCACAGCUGGUUCUGAUAGCACCAUUUUGGCCACGCCGUCCGUGGUUCUCAGAUCUUCUGGCAAUGUCAAUGAUGGACCCUUGGACACUUCCAGUAACGCCAGACCUCUUAUCCCAGGGUCCAGUACUGCACCAGGACCCUACUUGGCUCAAUCUAACAGCGUGGCGUUUGAACGGAGACACUUGAGGUCAGCUGGACUGUCUGAUGCUGUGAUUGAUAUUAUUUUGGCCUCGAGAAGACCAUCUACCACUCGCAUUUAUCAACAUACCUGGGUGGCUUUCUCCAAGUGGUGUCAGUCCCACCACCACGAUCCAUCCCAGGCCAAUGUGCACCAGGUGCUCCAAUUUCUCCAUAGUGGCUUUAUGAUGGGACUUCGACCCAACACUCUACGUCGACAUGCGUCUACUCUGUCAUCCAUUCUCUCAGUGUCCUCUCCUGGAGAUCAUAUUUCCUCACAUCCGUUCAUCAAACGUUUUUUGAGGGGAGUCGCCCUACGCUCUCCGGCUGUUGUCCAUCGGUUCCCCUCAUAGAGUUUGCCGAAAGUUCUGCAGGCUUUGCAACGCCCUCCGUUUGAACCCAUCAGAACUGUGCCCCUACGUAUUCUGUCCUUCAAGGUCCUGUUUCUGAUUGCAAUCACAUCUGCCAGACGCGUUUCGGAGUUGGGCGCAUUGUCUUCCGCUAGACACCUCUGCGUCUUCCAUAAGGACUCUGUUGUGCUGAAGACUGACCCUUCCUUUCGUCCCAAGGUCGAUUCAGUUUUUCAUUGCAACCAGGACAUUGUUUUGCCUUCCUUUUGCCCGAAUCCUACCCAUCCUCUCGAGAAGGCUUGGCAUUCGUUGGAUGUCCGGAGGGCUCUCAAGACCUACCUGUCUAGGACCCAAGAGAUUCGACGAACGGAGUCUCUGUUUGUAUCCUUUCAUCCAGGGUCUAUGGGGCAUAAAGUAUCCAAUCCUACCUUAUCCCGUUGGUUAAGGGCAUGCAUUACCUUAGCAUAUGAGUCCCUGAAGCUGCCAGUUCCUGCUAGUAUAACAGCUCAUU